ACGUAAAGGGGCGUGUCCCUCAUGCUGCCCCCGCCCGCGCUCGGCCCCGCCGGCCUCUGCUUGGCCCAGUGCAAAGUCCGGGCGGUGACUGCAGGUGGCGGGUCUGCCGCAGGCCCGGCGGGGGGAUGUCUCACAACACCAAGCUGUACCAAGAAGUGUCAAAGAACUGCUGGCCCAUUAUCUACUCUCCAAGAUACAACAUCACAUUCAUGGGCUUGGAGAAGCUCCAUCCAUUUGAUUCUGGGAAAUGGGGGAAAGUCAUCCAUUUUUUGAAAGAAGAAAAUUUCCUUACUGACAUCAUGAUGGUGGAGGCCAGAGAAGCCACUGAGGAAGACCUGUUGGUGGUACACACACAAAGAUACUUGAAUAAGCUGAAGAACUGUAUCCUGCAGAGCUCUCCGGAGUGGUCCUUUGUAGUGGCAACAAUCACGGAGAUUCCGCCAGUCAUCUUUCUUCCUAACUUCCUGGUGCAGAGGCAUGUUCUAAGGCCUCUAAGGACCCAGACAGGAGGAACCAUUAUGGCCGGGAAACUGGCUAUUGAACGAGGCUGGGCCAUUAAUAUAGGCGGUGGGUUCCAUCACUGCUCCAGUGACAAGGGAGGCGGAUUUUGUGCCUAUGCUGAUAUUACACUUGCUAUCAAGUUUCUAUUUGAUCGAGUAGAAGGAAUCUCAAAAGCCACCAUUAUCGACCUGGAUGCACAUCAGGGGAAUGGCCACGAGAGGGAUUUCAUGAAUGAUAAUCGAGUGUACAUCAUGGAUGUCUACAACCGCAACAUUUACCCAGGGGAUGGUUUUGCUAAACGUGCCAUCAAGCGGAAGGUUGAGCUGGAUUGGGGAACAGGAGACACCGAGUACCUGCGGAAGGUGGAGGAGCACGUGGAAGGGGCACUGAAUGAGCAGCUGCCUGAUGUUAUGAUCUACAAUGCAGGGACAGACAUCCUGGAGGGUGACCCUCUGGGAGGACUCUCGAUUUCUGCUGAGGGCAUCGUGAAGAGAGACGAGCUGGUGUUCCGGGCUGCCCGAAACCACAAUAUACCUAUCUUCAUGGUGACCUCAGGAGGUUACCAGAAACAUACGGCCCGGAUCAUAGCCGACUCCAUCCUCAACCUGUACAACCUGGGCCUCAUUGACCACUUUGAGGCGAUUGGAAGAUCCCAGCACACUCUGUAAAUGACGGUGACCACCUAAAAGGCAGCCUUUGCCAUCCCUCUCCCGGAAAAUUUUUGUUUUUUAAAAAGCAGAUACAACAGGCAACACUUUAACUCUAGACUGGUGUCAGGGUCAGCUGCAAUACAACAGAUCUGGAGCCAGGGCCCUGUAUAAUUAAUUUAUUUUUACCCCUUUCAAAAACGACAGAGCGGGGAAGCACCUGUUCUUCCUCAUCUGUUUCCAUGGUCUUGAUCUGUGGGCUAGCUUUGAUCUUGUCUGGGUCCCUGGGGGAAAGGGAGGAGGACUCCCCACUUUACACUUUCUCCUUCCCCUCCAUCUCUUGGGCUGGGGCAAUAUAUUUCUCCUCCGUGAUGAUUGCUGCAUGGGGUGACUCCUCUCUUGUCCUGUGGAGAGAGGGAGGAGAUUUUGAGGAGAGGGGAGGUGAAGAGGGGAAGAGAGGAUGGCAGAGUCUUUGACAAGGUCUCCUCAAAUGGACAGUGACAGUGGGUAAGCUCCUAUCUUAGAAUUUUGGAAACAUAUAUGAGAGGAGAAAGGAAAGGUGUCUGGAGGGAAAAGUCCAGGAUCAGGGUUGCAGAUGAAUUGUGGGUAAGUAGUGAGGAAAGAUGUGGAGGUUGUGAGGGACAGGGGCAAAACGAAGUGUAGGGAGAAAUGGGGCUCUGGUUUUUUAGGAAGCCUGAGGGGUAACCAAGAAUUAGGAGACCUCUGGUAGUAGGAAAAGACCCUCUCCAACCAGUUAUCUCCUUCUCUCUCUUUUUUCCCUCUUCCUCUAAUCCCCACUCCCUUUUUAUUCCCCCCACCUGCCUCUUUCUCCCUUCUUCUUUGGUUCUCCUUAUCCUCUGCUUUCCCCUCUCUCCACCCUAAUUUCUAUCCUGGAAUCUCUUCUGAUGGGAGAGGUGAAUUGAAGUGAGAUUGGGAGUCCUGACAGUUUUUGGUUUUGUUUUUUGAGGCUGGGGAGGCAAGACUGGAAUAUUGUCCAGUGUGGAGAAGAAGCUGGAGGAUCCCAGUUUCCUCCAUGUUGGACAAGCCUCUUUUCCAUAGUUACAGCCUCUGGGAUGCUAGAAAAAGAAGGCUGCACUUAUGGGGUUUGGCCACAAUCCCAGGACCCCUCGUUUUUAUGUCCUGUUUUCAUGGCUAACAGAGGGUUCUGACUUUCCUUGGGAUAUCUGCUUGGGCUGGAACUUUCUCCUCCAAUCAGGAGGUAGUUGAUCGUUGUGUGGGGACUCUUCUGGGCCAAAGUGAAGCAAGGAAAAGCCUUAAAUAUGUCUCCUGCAGGCUUCCUGGUAAAACUGCUCAGGGGCAGGCAGCAAGGGCAUAGGGAAGGCUGGAGAAUAGAAACAAUCUGCAGCCUCGUGUAUUUAGCCAUAGCAGAUGGAAGAGAGAGAGAGGGGCGGGGAGGGAGGGAGGGAGGGGAGAAGAGAGAGGAAGUUUAUAUGUAAAGAGAUUUCUCUUCCAAUAUUGUGGAUGAGCUAACCUAUCCAAGGUAAGGAGAGAGUUUUUGGGGGGACAAGAAUGUGCAUCGUGCUCAUAGAAUGGGGGUUUAUACCAUGGCUGAAGGUCUUUCUGAAGACCCGAAAAGGUGUUUCUGGGAAAAGGCCUUGUCUUUGAGUGUUUCCCAGAUGAGACAGAAGCUCAAGGCUAAGGCAACCCUGGACCUCUGAUUCCUUACUCCGAGACACAUUGACUGGCCAUUUAUCGAGAAGGGAAAAGGCUCACUGAUGGAGGAGACUCCCUCCAAAACAGCCUUGGCAAAUGUAUCUACUACUACUCUACUGGGGCAUGUGCCUGGGCCUUCAUCAAAAACCUCAGGAAGUUCAGCAUAGAAGAGAACUUAGAACAAAAACGCCAGAGCUAGAAGGGACCUUGGAGAUCAUCCAGUCUAAAAGUAAUUUUACACAUGGGGAAACUGAGGUUUAGAGAUGGGACACAUACAGGUCCAAGGUCCCAUAAUUAGUUGUCCUUGAUGGUUAGUUACUUGAGGGCAAUGGAGAAACCAUUGCACUGAGGCAUCUAGGAAAGAUACAAUUGUGUAAGUCAUGUCACUUCCUAGGGCUUCAUUUUCCUCAACUGUAAAAUUAAAGGUUGGCCCUGGUGGCCUCUGGGGUCCAUUCUAGCUCUAGAUUUGUGAUCCUGUGACCCUUCCUCAGUGCAGACCAGGGCACCUGAAGCCUGGCUGGUCCUGAGGGGACAUUCAGAGCUAUCUCCUUACAGCCACUCACUGGGGAAUUCUCAUGGUCCAGGCCUUUCCUUGAGGACUUGAUAUUGGCAGCUUUUAAGCAUGAUUUUACCCAGUGGAUGGCCAUUGCUUACACAGAGGAAUGUGCUUGCAUUGAUUUGAGAGGCUGCAUACUGGGAGGUGAGGAAAACAGGGCAGUGGGAAAAGGUCCUUGGACUCGGUAUCCAGAGAUCUGAGCUCUGUUCGUAGUUUUUGAUCACUGCAGUGACUCUGUGAUGGUGGAAAAGUCCCUGCCAUACUCUUGGCCUCAGUUUCCUCUUCUGUAAAAAGAGAGGGUUGGACUAGUCCUUAAAUAAGUUUUCUUGUGUCACUGCCGGUCACAGUUAGAAAUCUCUACCACUAACUCACCGUUGUAACCUUGGGCGACUCAUUUAAUUCUCUUUGAGCCUCAGUUUCCUCAUCUGUAAAAUGAGGAUAAUAAUACCUGCCCUGCUUACCUGGCAGGGGCGUCUCAAGAAGCAAAUGAAAUAGUAAUAAUAUAAAAAGGCACUUUGAAAAGCAAGAAAGCACUAUUUAAAUGUAAGGCAAUAUUCUUAAUAACAUUAAUAAUGUGGCUACUUUCACGUACUUUGCAUUUCUUUCUGCUUGUGAUGAUGGGAUCCCUUGUGGACAGCUGGGCAGAGGUGCACCUGGCUCCAAGGACUACUGCUCCUCAGCAUGCAGGGGGGGCCUUGGGCACCAACCAGUACCUGCCCACUCCCCCACUCCCCACUUCCACCACUUACAAUGCACUUUGAGACUCAUUAACCCGUCUUCUAGAUUUGUCGGAUCCAUGGUACUUGAUGAGUUUUUGUUAUUUUUAUAAGAUAUUUAUAUAAGGCUAAAACACAAUGCUAGCACCAUCUUGUCUUUCCUAGGUGGGGGAGUGGGUGGGUAGGGGAGAGGGAAUUGGCUUCGUGGUUAACUUGUUUAUGUCCCUCUUGGAAAUCAGUAAAAUUAUUUCAACUCAU